UUAAUUAAUGAACAGCUCAAAACACGCACCUUAGAAGUAAACGGGCAACCAGUCAAUUUAUUUGAUCUCGACAAAAACGGAAAGCUUGUUCCAAUGCCACAGGCCACUCACUGCAUGGAGGUUACUAUUGGAGAGAUUGUUAGGCAGCUUGGUAAUUGGAACAUUCAAACUCGACAAAACGGGGACAUAAAAACAGCACAAGGAGGGUUUGAUUUCAGUGUUGGAAACCAAAGGACGAUCAGAGCUCCUGAUGUCUCCUUCACACCAAAAGCAGUAUCUCGCCAAUUGACUGAAUUACAACGUUGGGCUUUCCAGGGUCAACCAUUCACUCCCACGUUCGUUGUCGAGGUUGGAGAUACCCAAAGUAGUACAUCGGCGCUCGGGGAGUUAGAUGACAAAUUUAAGCGCGAAUACUUUGCAGUUGGAACAUCUGUACAACUCGGUUGGUUGAUUGAUCCCAAAAAUAGAAUAAUCUGGGUAUACAAGAGGAAUCAACAUGGCAAUGUCUAUCGUCGUGAGCGCGUAUGGGAAGAUGUAGAGGGUGGUGAUGUUUUGCCGAGGUUCACAUUGGAGGUGCGGAUGAUUGAGGAAGCAAUUUCACAGUUGUGGAUUACCGCUGUUAAGCAAGGGCAAAAAUCUGGAGUGUCGCAAUGGGUCGGAUCGUCUUCGAUUAUCAAAGGACAUAAGCCAACUUACUAUUUCCCAUAUAACUCAAGUUUAACAAUAAAAGAUAAAGUAUCGCAAGUUAUGGGAUGGUUGGAUCUUUCAUUGAAUGAGAGGCCAACCUUUAUCGCUACAUAUGCGAGGAAUGUCGAUUUGGAAGGGCACAGAUCUGGACCAUACUCUGCGAAUUUAAAUAACGCAUUGAGUUAUGUUGAUAAUAUGACACAUGCUCUGCUGGAAGGCUUGGUACAGCGAAAUCUUUCCGAUAUUGUUAAUGUUAUAAUUGUCAGUGAUCAUGGUAUGGCACAGACUAUACCAAGUAACAUAGUGAAAUUGGAUAAUUCUUUUGAUGUUUCUAAGAUUCGUCCAGUAGACGGUUACCCGUUAGCCGGAAUUCGUCCAUAUAAUGAUUCCGAUUUUGUGGAAAUAUUUUCAGGCUUAAAAUAUGCAAGUUAUAAUCAACCUUGGGACACCAAUCUUUUGUAUUCCACCGACGGGUUGGGUGUUAACAACGAAUAG